AGCUAAAUGCAGGUCUGGAGACAUGGGUUGCGGAUCCCUGGUAUAUACAUUGGUUUUAAGGGCACAGUUCGGUUCAUUUUUUGUAGUAAGGCAGGGGUUCUCAAACUUUUUGUGAUGACCGAGGCCUUGCAGGAGAGAAAAUUUUCCAAGAACCCCCAUUUAAUCUUCAUUCCCAUUAAAAAAUAAUUCUGCCAUUUUAAUAGAUGCCACAUGAAUUAUUUAUAUUUCAAUCACUUCAAGUCAAAGUAUGUCAGAGAAUUAAAUUCACUAACCCUAAUGUAAGUGAAGUUAUGGGCUCAGAAUGUUUGUUUUCUUGUCCUAGUUGUCCCUAUUCAUAGCCAUGCACUUUCUAAUGACACGGCAUAACUUCAUUUAUUUAUAACAAUGUUUCUUAAGGGAAGUGCGACGAUGCAGACAAGUGCAACAGUAACAGUUUGAACAAUCCGAAUGACUAUUUAUUUUGACAAAAAUAAGCGUCUAAGAAAAAUAACAAAAUAGAAUAAGAAUAAAUAAAUAAAUACGGAACAGAUCACUUCAAAGUUGUAGUGCAAUAAUACAUAAUAAGGUAAUAAGUCCAGUCUUGUGUGCGUUUUUAUCGGUCUCCCCCUGUUGUGUUUAAAAAGCUGCAUGGUAUGGGGAAGGAAUGAUCUGCUCAGUCUUUGAGUGGAGCAGCAUAGUUAUAGUAAUCUGCCACUGAAGCUACUCUUCUAUCGGGAGAUGAUGCUGUGCAUUGGAUGAGGCUGGUUACUAUAGAAAUGAAGCUUUGAUAUAAUUUACAGUGAUCAGCGUACAGCUUCAUUUACAGAUUUACUAUGCAUUGAAAAUGACAGAACACACAGACAUUAUUGUCUAAAUAGCUGGCAACACAAAUGACUCCCAAGAUAAGUUUGCCUUGUCUACAGUCAAGUAUAGUUUUGUCAGCGUCAGGGUCUGGGGCUGCAUGAGUGCUGCAUAAUGGCUGUGUGUUCAGUUUUUUCAGAGGACAGUAAUUUGCAAUUAGAGCUGACACUUUGUCAGCACUUCAUAAUAUAAAUCUGCAUUACUGCAGUUUACCUGACUGUAUGGAUUAUGUAAAAAUCAUGACGAUUGUGUGUAUUUCUAAGUAUGCAAGGUGGUGGUUAUUGUUCAGGAUUAUGGAAGGACAUCAACAGGUUAGUGAUUCUUGUGCAUAAGCUGGGCAAGGCCCACCACUUCUUGGAGUUUUACCACACUUGAGCACAGCAUACUAGUCAAACGAACUAGACUUCAGGUGUCAAACCUGCCCAAGCGUGGUACAAUUUGACUAGUGUGAGUGUGCCCUAUUGUCAGUCUGACAACAUUAAUAAAAUCUAGUAUAGUUCUAAACUUUACUACACAAGAUUCUUCAACAUAGUCAUGUACACGCAUCUAUAAAUAGUCUGUCAUUUUAUUGAAGAGACAUGUUUUGAUGGAGGCGCUCGCUACCGAAAAUAGACUCCACUGCAACGUGAACGCAGGUCUUCCUGUUCUAGUAAUGCAACGUUAAAAGCCCAGUGUAAAUCCUCACACGGUCCUAUUAAUGUGUCCUGCAAACUAGACACUGACGCCCCAGCAUGCUAAAAAAGCAACAUGGCCUCUGGGUGUCUUAGAUACAGCACAUGGUUAUUAGGGCUACUUGGAAGUCCUGCAACUAAACUCCAGUGUUAGACCGGUGUUCCCCAUUUUUGUCACCUUGCAAGGAGGGGAGACGGCUAAAUAAAGCAUCAGGUGGUGUGUGUUUGUGUGUGUGUCUACCUUGUCAUUCUUUCUCUCUCAAACACACGCACACACACGCGCGCGCACACACAAACACACACACUCAUGUGUGUGUCCCUCUCUCUCUCUCUCUCUCUCUUUCUCUCUCGCUCCCAGCCUCUCUCUCCCUUCUUUGGUGUCUCUCUACCACAUAUUCUGGACUGCAGCGCUUUGACGCACCAGACUCAUUCAGUUGGCUUGUGGUGUUGCGCGCAGCUCUCAGCCGGGCUCCUCCACGUUUCCCACACCGGUACCUGUGUCAGGCUGUGACCAAGUGUUUGGAACCAACACCUCUUAAUCAUAACCAUUUUUGGGGGGGGGAGAAAACGACGCUGCAGCCUCAUCGUUGGACGCCUGUUGUGAAUUAAUAACCAUAAGAAAGCCUUACCUGGAGUAUGUGUGUGUGACGGAGUGUGUGUGUUUCUGUGCAAGGAGGUGCACUUAAAGUGUGUUUGUGUGUGCGCGUGUGAGACGUUUCCCUGGAUCAGGACAAUAAGGUUCGAGGCUCCGAGUGGGGGUGGAUUUGGCCACUGAAUGCCGGGGACAUGUGGAAGUUUACGCCGCUCUAGCGCUGCCACAGAGCCGCUCCACCGCCUCUUCUAGAUCCCUUCUGGGGGACCCAACUUGAUCCAUCUAAACCCCAGAGGAUCCAAAUGUAAAUAUAGGACGUGAAAUUGAAGAAACGUCAAGGAGGACGGCAUCCUGCUGAGUUUGGUGAACUCUUUCAAGGAUCUUUUUUUCCUCUCUCUCGCUAUUUUCUGGUUCCCUUUUCCACUUGCCGCAAUGCUGGGAUCCCUGAACCCCGCGGGCCACGGUCGAUCUCUGGUCUCAGCGCUGGGGCUGCUGGUGGCCCUGCUGGCUCUCGCUUUGUGUGGAAGGGGCGCAGCCUCACAACCGUGCCCGACGCAGUGCUCCUGCACCGGGACUACGGUGGACUGCCACGGUCAAGGGCUCCGCAGCGUGCCCCGGAACAUACCCCGCAACACGGAGAGACUGGAUCUGAAUGCAAAUAACCUGACUAAAAUCACCAAGGCAGAUUUUGCAGGAUUAAGACACCUGCGAGUGCUGCAGCUAAUGGAGAACAAAAUCACCACAAUCGAGCGAGGAGCCUUCCAGGACCUAAAGGAGCUGGAGAGACUGCGCCUGAAUCGGAAUAACCUGGUCGUGUUUCCCGAGUUGCUAUUCCUGGGAACGACUAAGCUUCACAGACUUGAUCUCAGCGAGAAUCAGAUUCAAGGAGUGCCCAGGAAAGCUUUCAGGGGAGCUGUGGAAAUCAAGAACCUCCAGCUGGACUACAACCACAUCAGCUGUAUUGAAGAUGGAGCCUUUCGAGCGUUACGCGACCUGGAAGUACUCACCCUCAACAACAACAACAUCAGUCGCCUGUCAGUGGCCAGUUUCAACCACAUGCCCAAGCUCAGGACAUUUCGCCUGCACUCCAACAACCUUCAAUGUGACUGCCACGUCGCCUGGCUGUCCGAGUGGCUGCGGCAGCGCCCCCGUCUGGGACUUUACACACAGUGCAUGUCGCCGCCACACUUGAGGGGGCACAAUGUUGCAGAGGUGCAGAAGAAGGAGUUUGUAUGUACAGGUUACCAGACGUCAUCUUCAGCCUGCAGUGUGUUGCAAUGCCCUGAAUCGUGCACCUGCAGUAACAACAUUGUGGACUGCAGAGGGAAGGGUCUGACAGAAAUACCCACCAACCUCCCUGAAACCAUUACUGAAAUUCGACUGGAGCAGAACGCCAUCAAGGUGAUACCGGCCGGCGCCUUUUCUCCUUAUAAGAAACUAAGAAGAAUAGACUUGAGUAACAAUCAGAUAUCAGAGUUGGCUUCCGACGCCUUCCAGGGCCUGCGAUCCCUCAACUCUCUAGUCCUGUAUGGCAAUAAAAUACCGGAGAUUUCCAAAGGGCUGUUUGAGGGACUGUUUUCUCUACAACUAUUGUUGCUGAAUGCUAAUAAGAUAGCGUGUCUGCGGGUGGAUUCCUUUCAGGACCUUCACAAUCUCAACCUGCUGUCACUGUAUGACAACAAGCUACAGACAAUCGCCAAGGGAACCUUCUCAUCACUGAGGGCCAUACAGACGCUACAUUUAGCCCAAAACCCAUUCAUCUGUGACUGCCACCUGAAGUGGCUGGCAGACUACCUGCAGGACAAUCCCAUCGAGACAAGCGGCGCCCGCUGCACCAGCCCUCGGCGUCUUGCCAACAAACGAAUUGGACAAAUCAAAAGCAAGAAGUUCCGCUGCUCAGCUACAGAACAGUAUUUAAUCCCAGGAGUACACCAUGUCGGCUGUACGGAAGAUUACCGCAGUAAGCUGGGAGGAGACUGUUUCGCCGACCUGGCCUGCCCAGAGAAGUGCCGUUGCGAGGGCACUACAGUGGACUGCUCCAACCAGAAACUCACCAAAAUACCAGACCACAUCCCUCAAUACACUGCUGAACUACGUCUGAACAACAAUGAAUUCACUGUGCUCGAGGCCACGGGGAUCUUCAAAAAGUUGCCUCAGCUGAGGAAGAUUAACCUGAGUAACAACCGCAUCACUGACAUUGAGGAGGGGACGUUUGAAGGAGCUUCAGGGGUCAAUGAGCUGAUUUUGACCUCCAACAGACUGGAAAACAUACAUCACCACAUGCUGAAGGGACUCGGUGGCCUGCGCACUCUUAUGCUCCGGAGUAACCGCAUCAGCUGUGUGAGCAACAGCAGCUUUGUGGGUUUGAGCUCGGUGCGUCUGCUAUCGCUCUACGACAACCAGAUCACAUCCAUGAACCCCGGAGCCUUCGACACCCUGCACUCGCUCUCCACACUCAACCUUCUGGCCAAUCCCUUCAACUGCAACUGUCACCUGGCUUGGCUCGGCGAUUGGCUGAGAAGGAAACGCAUCGUCACGGGUAACCCUCGCUGCCAGAGUCCUUAUUUCUUGAAAGAGAUCCCCAUCCAGGAUGUGGCUGUCCAAGACUUUGCUUGUGAAGAAGGUAAUGAUGACAACAGCUGCUCUCCAGUGCUGAGGUGUCCAGCAGAGUGUUCUUGCCUUGACACGGUGGUGCGUUGCAGCAACAAGGGCCUCAGCACUCUGCCCAAAGGCCUGCCUAAGGAAACCACUGAGCUGUAUCUGGAUGGGAACCACUUCACUCAGGUUCCUGUGGAGCUCUCCGAUUACAAACACUUGACACUCAUUGAUUUGAGUAACAACCAGAUCAGCACGUUGUCCAACCACAGCCUCAGUAACAUGUCCGAGCUGCUUACCUUCAUUCUGAGCUACAACCGCCUGCGGUGCAUACCAGUGAGGGCGUUCGAUGGACUCAAGUCUCUUCGCUUGCUGUCUCUUCAUGGCAAUGAUAUAUCGGUGAUACCUGAAGGAGCUUUUAAAGACCUGUCAUCACUUUCCCACUUGGCUCUGGGCGCCAAUCCUCUCUACUGUGACUGCCACAUGCAGUGGUUGUCCGACUGGGUGAAGAGCGGCUACAAGGAGCCUGGCAUUGCCCGCUGUGCUGGGCCUGGUGAUAUGACCGACAAACUGCUGCUCACCACACCGUCCAAGAAGUUCACUUGCACAGAAGUCCCGGGGCCUUGUGGUUUUCUGGUGCCAGGCCCAGUAGACAUCAGCAUCCAGGCUAAAUGCGAUCCCUGCCUGUCCAACCCUUGCAAGAAUGACGGCACGUGCUUCAAUGACCCCGUGCACUACUACCGCUGCACCUGCCCCUAUGGAUUUAAGGGUCUGAACUGUGAGGACCCCAUCCAUGCUUGCAUCAGUAAUCCCUGUCAGAAUGGAGGAACUUGUCAUCUAAAGGAAGGCGAAGGAAGUAGUUUUUGGUGUGUGUGUCCCGAGGGCUUUGAGGGCGACGCCUGCGAGUUCAACAUUGACGACUGUGAGGACAAUGACUGUGAGAACAACUCUACUUGUGUGGAUGGAAUCAACAACUACACAUGCAUGUGCUCACCAGAAUACACAGCCGCUACCAAUGAGGUGGAGAGAGGGGAGCUAUGUGAAGAGAAACUGGAUUUCUGCGCUCCUGAAUUGAACCCGUGUCAGCACGACUCCAAGUGCAUUCUAACCCCUCAGGGGUACAAGUGUGAGUGCACUCCAGGCUACGUGGGUGAGCACUGUGAGAUGGAUUAUAACGACUGCGAUGAAAACAAGUGUCAGAAUGGCGGUCAAUGCAUUGAUGCUGUCAAUGGAUACACCUGUGUCUGUCCAGAGGGAUACAGUGGGUUGUUCUGCAACUUGUCCCCCCCUAUGGUCCUUCCUCGCACCAGCCCUUGCGACAACCACGACUGCCUCAAUGGGGCGCAGUGCGUCGUCAUGGGAACAGACCCCCGAUGCCAAUGUCUUCAAGGUUACGAGGGGGAGCGCUGCGAGACGCUCGUCAGUGUCAACUUUGUUGACCGCAAGUCCUACCUGCAGCUUCCCUCCACUCUAAUCACCCCACAGACAAACAUAAGCCUCCAGAUUGCUACAGAUGAGGACAGCGGUGUGUUAUUGUACAAGGGCGAUAAUGAUCACAUUGCUAUGGAGCUUUACAGGGGACGCCUUCGCGUCAGCUAUGAUACCGGGUCCUACCCUCCUUCUGCAAUAUACAGUGUGGAGACGGUGAACGAUGGCACUUUCCAUGCAGUGGAGUUGAUAGCAUCAGAUCAGACUCUGUCACUGUCUAUCGAUGGUGGGGCACCCAAAUCCAUCAACUCCAUCAGCAAACAGUCCACACUCAACAUAGACUCCCCACUUUACCUGGGAGGUAUGCCAGACCGUGCCUCAGCAUCCGGGGGUCUAUCUGCCUUGCAGCACAGCUCAAGCGGACGAAACGGAACCAGCUUCCACGGCUGUCUGCGUAACCUGUACAUCAACGGGAAGCUCCAGGACCUUGGAGCAGGGUUGGGGUCUGGUGCUGCAGGAGCUGCGGCAGCACAGAGCACCACUCAGCAGUGGCUGGGCCAAGGGGUGGAGCCGGGCUGCCAGCCCUGCCAGAGAGGCGCCUGCAUCCAGGGGGACUGCCACCCGACGGGGCAUCGGGGCUUUACCUGUACCUGCCACCCCGGCUGGACAGGAACGGUCUGUGACCAGCAAGUAAAUAACCCCUGUGAUGGCAACAAGUGUAUUCACGGUACCUGCCUGGCAAUCAACUCCUACUCUUACUCCUGCCGCUGCCAGUCCGGCUUUAGCGGCGUCCUCUGUGACGAGCAGGACCAGGAAGCAGUCAACCCCUGCAGCCUGUCUGACUGCAAACAUGGCAAAUGCAGAGUGUCAGGCCUGGGCAAAGCGUACUGCGAGUGUAACAGUGGAUACACCGGAGAGGCUUGCGAUAAAGAGGUGGCCUGCAGAGGGGAACGGGUCCGAGAUGUCUACCAGAGACAGCAAGGCUACGCGGCGUGCCAAACCCAGGAGAAGGUCUCCCGUCUAGUGUGUAGGGGCAGCUGCCCGGGGGCAGCAGAGGGACAAGGCACCUGCUGCAUCCCCCUCCGCAGCAAACGCCGGAAAUACACCUUCCAGUGCACCGACGGCUCCUCUUUUGUCCAGGAAGUGGAGAAGGUUGUCAAGUGUGGCUGUACAAAGUGUUCAUCAUAAAAAAAAGAAAAAGAAAACACAAAAAAAGACUUUCUCCUUGCAAGAUGUGUUUUGUGUACCUGCCCACCUUACCAGCUCCCCCUCUUCCUUUUGAGAUCCUGACAAAACCCUCCAACCGUUUUUUAAAAACCCUUUAAAAAAGAAGAAAAAAACAGAAAAAAGAAACAGCAGAGUUUCUUUCCUUGUCAGUGCUGGACUGAUGAUCAAUGCUUCCUCGUGGAGAUGUUGAAUUGUAAAGUACAAGACUUAUUUUUUAUUACCAAGUGGAGAAAAGGACAAAAAAAAGAGUUGACUUUUUCCUCGCAUCCUUUUCUUGGUCAUGAUGACUCCGAUGUUUCUUCCCAGGAGGUUCCGCAGGCCACAGGCAUCCAUCCCAAGCGUCCUUUUCUGUGAGUUGUGUCGUAAGCGUACCCUUAAAUGGUAGUAGCACAGAUUCACCACUAAGAGGAGCUGCGUCUCAACAGCGGAGAGUUCAGGCGACGAUGACCCCCCCCCCCACUGCGCUGAAGAGACUGACUACACAAUCCUCGUAGUAUUUCAAAUAGCUACUGAACAACACUCUCACCCGUAGAAGACUUAUUAUAUGUUACCUGCCAGGGUCAAUACACUAUACUCCCCAGUCAUGAGUAUUUAUUGUAUCAUAAAUACCUGUACUUAUUAAGUAGGUCCUCCCCCAUGUAUCAAGCUGAUUCUUUUAAUAUAUAUUAAUUUAUAUUUGUCUGUAUUUUUGUAUUAAAAAGGCAUAAUCUGUCAAGAUAGCUGAACUAACAUGAUGGCGUCCUUUAUUUUGGUUGAAGAGUUUUGUUUUUUGUGCUUGCCACAGACCUUAGUUACAUUUUAAUCUGCAAAUGUGACGUGAGGAUGGUGUAUAUUUUUGUCACGUUUCCUGAGAGGUUGUACUGUGCUAUUACCAGAAGGUCUUUAUAUUAGAGUAUACAAAAGACAAAAUCUUGUGAGUAGCAUUGACCCUAGAGGAUGCCUAGAACUGUUUUUACCUUUUUAACAAAGUUAUGCUUAAAGGAUACUGUGACUUUUUCUAAACGAAACUACUUUGUUAGCCCCUUGGUCUCCAGUGUUUUAACAUAUUGCUGCUAAGUUUUUGUACCGUAGACUUGGAUCCUGAUCUGUAUGUUAUAUAGAAUCUCCUGCUCCAACUGUACAGGGGCGCCUUGUGUAACAGAUAAAUAUGUCCCCCACCUCUACACGUGUGCAUUGUGCUUUAUCGAUUCCGCCUCUACCCACAGACUAAUGUCAGUUCCUUGACUGAUGUUUGUUAAUUAAAACCAAUA